AUGGCAAGAUAAAAGGAGCAAAUGUCUCUUGUCUCUAAACACACACACAAAUACGCUCAACACGUGCUUGGUUGCCUGUCCGUCUGUUUGUGGCCGCUACAGAAGAAGAAGGAGAGGAUCCAGAAUCUAAACACCGCUGCUGAGCGUCACACCUGAAAAUUCAUAUCAUGGAUGCAGCAGAGUUUCGGCGCAGAGGAAAGGAGAUGGUGGACUAUGUGGCCGACUAUCUGGAAAACAUAGAAAAGCGACCCGUCUACCCAGAUGUAGAGCCAGGAUAUCUUCAUUCCCUCAUCCCCACCGAGGCUCCACUGGAGCCGGAGAGCUACGAGGACGUUAUAAAAGAUGUGGAGAGGGUCAUAAUGCCAGGGAUCACACAUUGGCACAGCCCAUACUUCUUUGCCUACUUUCCAGCAGCUAGCUCUUACCCUGCCAUGCUGGCCGAUAUGCUUUGUGGAGCCCUCGGAUGUAUUGGAUUCUCCUGGGCCGCCAGUCCAGCCUGCACGGAGCUGGAGACGGUGAUGUUAGAUUGGCUGGGGAAGAUGCUGCAGCUGCCUGAGUGUUUUAUAGCUGGAACACAUGGAAGUGGAGGAGGGGUCAUCCAGGGCACAGCCAGUGAGGCGACUCUGGUGUCUUUACUUGCUGCUCGCUGUAAGGUGAUUAGACGUGUCCAGGCAACCAACUCCAGUUAUUCUGAGUCUGACGUCUUCGGCAAACUGGUGGCGUACACCUCUGAGCAAGCUCAUUCCUCUGUGGAGCGAGCUGCUCUGAUUGGAGGAGUGAUGAUGAAGCAGGUUCCAACAGACGACUCCUAUGCUGUCAGAGUGGACAUGCUUAAGAAGAUGAUAGAGAAGGACAAAGCAGCUGGACUCAUCCCUUUCUAUUUCUGUGCGACUCUGGGCACGACUCCAUCAUGUGCUUUUGAUCACGUCGUCGAGCUCGGGCCCUUAUGUAAUGAGGAAAACAUCUGGAUGCACAUUGACGCAGCAUAUGCUGGGAGUGCAUUUAUCUGCCCUGAAUUUAGGCCUUUAUUGAAUGGAGUUGAGUUUGCUGACUCUUUCAACUUCAACCCACACAAGUGGCUUUUAGUCAACUUUGACUGCUCUGCAAUGUGGGUGAAGAAGAGAACUGACAUCAUCGGAGCCUUUAAAAUGGAACCGCUCUACCUAAAACAUGAAAACCAGGAGUCAGGGCUGAUCACUGAUUACAGGCACUGGCAGAUUCCACUGGGAAGGAGAUUUCGCUCUCUAAAGUUGUGGUUUGUCUUUCGUCUGUAUGGACUCCAAGGAAUGCAAGCUCAUAUACGCAAGCACGUAGCUCUGGCCAAAGAGUUUGAGAGUUUGGUGCGGGCAGACAAGAGGUUUGAGAUCUGUGCUGAAGUCAUCAUGGGGCUGGUCUGCUUCAGGCUCAAGGGCUCCAAUGAGCUGAACCAGAACUUGCUGAAGCAGAUCACCGACAGCAGAGAGAUCCACCUGGUGCCUUGCCAGCUCUCUGGACGCUUCGUCCUGCGCUUUGCCGUCUGUGCACGAACCACCGAGUCCAGCCACAUCCAGCAGGCAUGGCGGCACAUCACACAGCUGACCUUUGAGCUUCUGCAGGAGCCCAGUCAUUGACCAGAAGGCUGGUGAAGAGGCUGUCCAUUCUGAUGCCUGAACGAGGACCAAAGUUUGGACAAAUGUUCUAAGUUUCAUUUUGCAGAUGUAAAAUGUCAUAAAGGGAAUGAACAAUAGUUUCACUUCACAUUCAGGUGUACUUCUGUCUGCAAUUAAGUAUCCAAUUUGGUGAGUGGUGGUCAUAAUUAUGCCUUUUAAUGUGUUUGGCAUUGCAAAUUGAGCAAUAUGAAAAUACAAAUCUACAGAAAUCCUAAAUAACAUUAGAGAAAAAGAUGCAUGUCCCCAAUAUUACAUUUUAUAUCUGCAACUUUUCCUUCCGUUUAGUGAGCUUCACUGUUUAAUUGUGCUAUUGUCCUGAUCAUAGUGCUCUUAUCUCCCUGCAGAUUUGUUUAUGCUGGUUGUGUGAUAGUUUUUGAAUUUUGCAUUGAAUGUACUGUAUGUGACUGAAUUUUUGAGUCGGUGUUUGUCUACAGUUUCUGUAGGUGCCUACAGACCCAGCUUCAUAAUGUCUGUAUAUAUUAGUGGAGGGACUCGUAAAGAGUGAGGUUAAAGAAGUCUUCUAGUUAUCAGAUCAACCCCUUUUAUAAGUGCAUUCAUUUAUUACCUAAUUUGCAACAAUAGUUAUGUUUCAUAUUUAAUAGCAGAAAAGGGCCAAUCAUUUUAUUUUUUACAGUUUUUUUUUAUUAGAGUUUUUAUUAAUUCAUAUUGUGUCUUAUGCACAGUGGAUCUGCGUUUCCUGAACUGUGGUACAAGACAAUCAUUGAAUCCUUGUAAGUCAGAGGAGAAUGAGAAUUAAAUUGUGCUACUUUUUGGGGUAAACCGAACAAGUAAUGGUUUCCCCAGCUGAGCUUUUCCCCAGUUGUCAGAAUAAACUGUAUUCUAUUAUAAUUCUGUAUGAAGACAGAAAUAAAUGAUCAAAUGAGUCAAAAAGGAAAAGGUUUUAAAUCUAAGCUGUAAAAAUUCAUGACAUAUUCUCUGACUUCACAAACUCUGCUCAUAUAUUCUUGUUCAUAUUUAUCACCGUGUUCACCAUCAGUCUGGGAUCUUUCACAUCACUCACAUGACGUCAUUAUGCUUGUUUAGCUUGAAACCUUGAGAUGUAAGACAAAUUCUCCUGAUGAACAAAUGUGACUAAAAUGAGUCUCCUGCCUACUGACUGUGAUGGUUUGUAGGCUGCUGAGGUUUUACAUCCGUCUGACAGUGGUGUGACCUCAUCACGCUGUCUUGUUGUUGAAUCAUACGAUUGUGUCAUCAGCUGCUAUUACUGAUUCAGGUGUUUUGUUUUUGGCUUGGCUGUGGGCUGCAUGCAGUGGUGUGGGUUCACUGAAUAAAGUCUGCUGUUGUGUGCA